GGCGGGCGGGGUCGCUGAUUGGUCAGGUUUGCGGAUGCGAGUACCAGGAGCGCAGUGAGUCGUGGGAGGUGUGAGGGGAUGGGCGGGGCGGGGUGCGGGCGCGCGGGGCGGCGGUGACUCGCGCGCACGAUGCCGCCGGGCCUGGUGCUGGCUGUCGCCGCCUUCUGCGCAGUCGUCAGCGCGCAGAUCGCCUGGACACCUAUCUUCCUCGAUGGCAGCAGCCAGGUGGACCUGUGGACGCAGUCGUCGUCGGGCUGCGCGUGCGCCGGCGGCGGCGACACGUGCGCGUGCUGCGUGCGCGACGGCGCGUGUCCGUGCGGGGACGUGGCGCCGGCGCGCUGCGCGCAGUGCGGGCUCGAGCAGUACUGUGCUAGCAUGUGCAACAUCACGAUCGACUCACGGGUGCUGAAGAGCAAGUCGGGCAAGACGUUCGGCCAGAUCAAGUCCCCGUCCCUGGAGGGCCCGGGCUCCUGCUCCUACUUCCUGCAGCCCGACGCCGGCCAGCGCGUGGAGAUCCAGGUCUACCGGCUGGUCUCUGUGGGAAGGUUCAAUGGCACCAGCUGCGUGGGCGGCUGGCUGAAGCUGGGCGCGGCGACCGCGGUGCGCGGGGCGGGCGCGGACACGCGGCUGUGCGGCGCCAACGAGCGGUACUCGCCGCCCGUCGUGCUGUUCGCGGACCACGGCGCCUCCACGCUCGAGUUCAGGAUAACAGAAACGACAGUGAGGUCUCAGUUCCUGGCAUUCUUCAGCUUCACAUCUCUGAGCAACACGCAGGGCAUGGGCUUCCACCCGCGCGGCGGCUCCAGAAUACCCAACACAGAUUGCGACUGGCUAUACCAGGACGUGUCGUGCCGGGCGCCCGGGUCGUGCGUGCUGGCGAGCCCCGGGUAUCCGGGUCUGUACCCGCCGCGCCGCCGCUGCCGGUACCUGUUCGCCACCAACAGCGUCCACACCCGGGUCAAGAUCGUCUUCACGUCCAUACUGUUGCCGAGAAACCACUGCGCAACCGACUACCUGACUCUCCGCGCGGGCAGUUCCCCGUCGGCCCCGCUACUGGGCUCACUGUGCACAGAGAGAAGCGCCGUACUGGAACAACCCGGGCCCAACCUUCUGCUCGAGUUCAACUCGGGGCCGCUGGUGCCUCCGUACGACUACAACGGGUUCAUCGCGAAGCUGGAGUUCAUCGAGCAGGCGGACGGCACCGGGGCGCCGCCCACCGCCCCGUCCGCGCCCCUCGCCGCGCUCACGCACCUCACCCAGCACGCCGACUUGGACGGCAUAUCGUCGGUAGACACAGAGUCAGUGUCCAAUGAGAUAGUGAGCACGAACGGGGGGCGAGUGGGGUGCUCCAUCAAGAUCCGGGGCUACGGGCCGGGGGGCGUCCGGUCCGGCCACUUCGACACCCGCUCCAGCAACUGGAGGGCGCAGUGCACCAUCCACCUGAUAGGGGCGCCAACCGACGUGGUGCAAGUGUCCUUGUUUAACUAUAAUUUAAGGUUACAAAGCUGUAGGUCUCAUAUUGAGAUCUUAGAAGGGUUACACGAAUUUGGAGGGAGAGGCGAAAGGUCAGAGCGGGGAGAUCGGGCCCUGCUCAGGGUUUGCGGCCCAUCGCUCAGGGAAGCCAGAGAUCCAUCCGGAAGGUUCCUGGAAAGACAAGCGGUGACUUCGAAGGGGUCCAACAUGACCAUUCUGGUUAGAAGAGCUGCGACCCAGAUCAUGGAUGACGAAGAAUUCGUCGAUGGUGCCUUCGCAUUUCAUGAUGAGCUCCACGAAGGCACGGCGUCACCUGACUCGGCGUGCGCCGCCACUCACUACGGAUUAGCGGCCCCGUCGCACGGCGGGGUGGCAGCACCGUCGCAUCACCAUAUAUUCUGGAACAUCGAGGAACGCCUGCAGUGCACGCACCGCUUCAUUCCGGCCAUCAAUCAGAGCGUCACUAUCGAAAUCCAGCGGCUGGAGCGCAUGUGGAGCGCGGAGCCGGCGGGGGGCGCGGGUGGCGGGGCGGGGGGCGCGGGGGGGUGCCGCACGGCCUGCGGGGACGCGGGCUGCGAGUGCCGCGCCGCCACCGCGCUGCACUACCACGACCAUGUCGCCCUGGUAGCCGGGGACGGCACGCACCUCUCCUGUCUCUGCGGUGACUUUCAGGCGGCGUGGCUGCCGGUGGUCGUGCGCAGCUGGAGCGGCGUGCGGCUGCAAUACUCGGUCGCGCACUACACGUACGCCAGCCGCGGCUUCGACUACGCCGCCGCCUACAGCUUCAACGAAGACGCGCUGUGCGGGCAGCGGACAUUCACCACGCACUCCGGUGAGAUCGCGUCGCAGCACGUGCCCGUCACCGGCAGCCUCAACGAGUUCUUCUACCAGCAGUGCACGUGGGUCCUGGACUCCAACGUCGAGCGCCAGCUCUUCAUCGACAUCACCUCCGAGCAGGACAAGUCGUGUGGGUCGUGGAACAUCACGCUGCACGAGUGGUCCCGCGGCGGCGCGCAGAGCGGCGCGGGGCUGGCGGCCGCGGCCGGGGAGCUGCUCUACACGUUCUGCGCGCGCCACAAGAACCACACCUACACGCUGCCGUGGCGGUUGAACACCGUCGUUAUUAGGCUCGUGGCGUUGUCCCGGCAGCAGCCGCUCUACAGCAUCAGGUGGAGGAGCCAGGUGGUGCGCGCCAACACGCGGCUAGGCCCGCCCACGCCCGCGCCCGCCGCCUCCGCCGCCCCCGCGCCGCGCGCGCCGCUCUGGACGCGCCUGCUUGCUUUGUACUACAUAGGCACAGCACUAGUGUCCUGAUCCAGAGCUAUGAAACAAGCGCUUUAAUUAAAACUCUAGUGACGUGGUGGUGCGGUAUGGGUCACGUGUUGAUUAUCAUGUACAGUGUACAGUAUUUAAGUGAUGCGGGACUUGCCUGGUGCCGACGUGAUUGUUGGAACUUGAAUACUCCAAGUGUUCAAUUGGAGCGUGUAGAGACAUUUUUAAUUGUUGAUUGUGCAUAUUUUAAUGUCGGUGCAGCGUAAACUUGUCACUAAUUUGUGUGUUUAUUAUGAAAAAAGCGCUUUGUGUUUGUUAUGUACGUACAGAUUAAAUUUGAACAGGUAAAAAGUAAAAUUUAGCAAGGGUACAGCUCUCAUAAACAACAUUUUCCUUAAUAGUCACUUCAUUAUUUAAAAUUAAAUGACAAAAGCUUUAGUUUCAUUUAAUAAUAAAAAUAACUGUCAGAAAAUUAUACUAAUAAGUCAAUUAAAGUUAAAGAAAUAUUGAUAUUCUAAAACUGGAGCAACUAUUUGCACAUUAUUUGCGUUCUAUAUACUCGUACUAUAUGUACCAUACUCUUUUACCUACAAAAACAUUUAUACACAUACUUAAGGCAUGCCUACGUAUUUGCAAACACAUACUGUAUUACCACAAAAAAGUUUCUACCAGACUAGGAUUCACGGAUGUUGGUGGGUUUUUUCUCAUUUUAUACGCAUAAUAAACAUUUCUAGUUUUUAUGUUCGAAAUUUUCAAUUUUAAAAUAGAGCAACUGAUGAACUAAGAAAUACAAAAAGUAUAGGUUUUUGUGUCUUAUCUACUACUUUACUACUAUUAUAGGUAUGAGCGUGGAGUGAAACUCUUGUGCUGACUACACUGUAACAAUACUUAUUCGUUACGUAAAUUCAACGUUUUUACUUAAUAAGCUCAGAUUAGUUCACUGUAUUAGCGAAAUUAUAUGUGGCCUAAUGUGUCAUAGUUAUGUUAUAGUUAUAACUUAUUAUAAUACUGUACUGAUAAUGUGAAGAAGGUUUGUGUGAAAUUUAUUUAUUCGUUUACUUCACUACCCCAAUGUGUGGUUUCCUCGGCUUUUGGAAUAGGUUCUUAAGAGAACCAUCUUCAGAAUAUAAUUCGCCCUGCGUACCCACACAUAAGUAUAUUUAAUUCGUGUUCUAAAACAAUUUUAUUACAGUGAAAAUCACUGUGUUGUUUUAAAAGUAAGUGAUCGAUGGCUAGUCUUAAAUGUAAUGUCCACACUUUUUUAAUCGCUUAUUAUUUUUCUGAUAGGAAAAUACCGCAUAGAAAACCGCAGCUCUCAAAGUAGUUAAUAGUCUAAGUAGGUAUAUAAGUAUACCUACCUAAGUACGAGUACACAUUUACGUAAUUGUAAAUAAUCAUUUGUUUUGCAUAGCAGCGUCUGUCGUUUGUUAGUAAUUCCUAAUUUCAGAAAAAUACUGAGCAAAUUAAAUUAAGAGACAGCCCACUAUAGUUGUAAAUACUUAAAUAGUAUAAAAAUAGUUACAAUUAAAGCACUAGGAUAUCUAAUCUAACUAGAUGAUUCCUAGAUUAUUAAAAGUAUUUGUUACACUGAAAUAGACACUUGGAACACUUUGGA